AUGCCUGUUUCAAAAUCCAUCAAGGAGCUUAAGGCUACACCCACGCUUAAGUAUUGGACAGUUAAACUCAAGGAUAUUCAAUCGUCCUUUACCGAUAUCUGGGAAUUUGUUGAGACCUUUCAAGAAGGUGCAACAUUAGGUCAAAUUUCUGUCAGAUUAAAUGCUAUUGAUGAUUUGUGGGAGCGUUUUGGCGAAGUUUUAACUGAAAUUAAGUCUCAUGAAGAUUUUUCCGGCUGUGAUGAGAUUUAUGACAAAGAACGUAAAGAAUUGAGUGAUAGGUAUUACUAUGCCAAAUCCUUCUUAAUGGACAGGACGAAGGAACGUCAAAAUCCUCAUGAUUUGGAUCAGUCUUCUCGCACAGAUUUAGGUAAUCAUUCAAAUGUGGAUCAUGUUCGCCUCCCACAAAUCAAGCUUCAAUGCUUUGACGGUAAUAUCGAUGAAUGGCUAGGAUUUCGUGAUCUUUACCUUUCAUUGAUACAUUGGAAACAGGAAUUACCUGAGGUGGAAAAAUUUCAUUAUUUAAAAGGUUGUCUCCAAGGGGAGCCAAAAGCUUUAAUCGAUCCUCUUCAGAUCACAAAGUCGAAUUAUAUUGUUGCUUGGGAUAUGCUUCUAAAACGCUAUAAUAAUAGCAAACAACUUAAAAAGCGACAGGUGCAGUCACUAUUCAAGUUGCCUUCAAUGGUGAAGGAGUCGGUAGCAGAAUUGCAAACACUUUUAGAAGGUUUUGAAAGAAUUGUCAACACCCUCGACCAGGUCCUAGAGUCCGCUGAGUAUAAGGAUUUGUUAUUGGUCAAUUUUUUGGUAUCGCUUUUAGACCCUGUUACACGUAGAAGUUGGGAAGAAGAUUCUUCUACUAAAGAAAGUGAUACUUUGUCGGAAUUAACAGAAUUUCUCCAUCGUCGAGUGCGUGUUUUGGAGGCUCUUCCCCCAAAGCCUUCGAAUAGUGGUGCAACGCAUUCUCAAGUGGCAGUUAAACCGAAAGGUGUUAGCAUCAGAACGUACCACAAUAAUGUGAAGUCGUCUUUCAGAUGUCCUGCGUGUAAGGACGGGCAUUUCCUUUACCAGUGUCAACGUUUUUUGAAGUUGGCUGUUGAUGAACGGGAUUCGCUGCUCAAGGAUCAGUCCUUGUGCAGAAAUUGUUUUAAAUCUGGACAUAUGGCUAAAGAAUGUAACUCGAAAUUUUGGUGUCGAAACUGCAAGGGUCGGCAUCAUACGUUGGUAUGCUUCAAGGGAAGAUCGGAUGGUCAGUUAGGGACCUCACGAUCGUCAGGGUCAUCGUCAAAUCAAAAACAUCAUCAAGAAGCUACUACUGUUCAAACAUCCAACUCAGCAACUACUUGUAUGAUGGCGGGAGCGUCGGAAAAGGUUCAUUCUCAGGUCCUUCUGGCUACAGCGAUAGUUUUCAUCGAAGAUGAGAUGGGAUCACGUUUUCCAGCUCGGGCGCUUUUGGAUUCUGGAUCGGAAAGCAAUUUCAUCUCAGAGGGACUGAGUCAACAGAUGAAACUCAGUCGGAAAAGGGUGGAUGUAUCAAUUCUUGGUAUCGGACAGGCGACGACAAGGGUGAAGCAUAAGAUUGACGCGGUGAUACAUUCACGGGUAACGAGAUUCUCGAAGGAAAUGAGUUUCUUGAUUUUGCCGAAGGUAACGGUCGACCUACCUACAACGUCAGUAACUACAGAUGGUUGGGUGCUUCCUAGUGGGAUUGAUCUGGCAGAUCCAUCAUUUUUCCAAUCCAGAAAGGUGGAUUUGGUGCUUGGAAUCGAAUCCUUCUUCGAGUAUUUCAAAACGGGAAAAAGGAUGUCAAUUGGAGACAACUUACCGACAUUAACGGAAUCGGUUUUCGGAUGGGUAGUCUCCGGAGGUAUGGUAGGAGAAUCAAUUUCAACGGUUAGCUGCAAUGUUUCCACGGGAGAAUCAUUGGAGUCAUUGGUUUCUCGUUUUUGGGCUUGUGAAGAAGUUGGAUCGGAAAAAUUGUUCACAGAAGAAGAGCAGAUGUGUGAGGAUUAUUUCCAAAGGACGGUCCAAAGGAAUUCGGAGGGAAGAUAUACAGUUGCUUUACCAAAACACUCAGAAACGAUUGCGAAUCUCGGAGAUUCCAAGGAAAUCGCUUUUCGUCGCUUAAAGGCUACCGAGCGCAGAUUAGAUAAAAAUCCCGAAUUACGAGGACAAUACACUGCUUUCAUGAACGAGUAUUUGGAUCUAGGACACAUGCAGAGGGUAACUAGUGACACCGCAGUCAAACGGUGUUUCUUACCCCAUCAUCCAGUAGUGAAAGAAAGCAGUACUACUACCAAGGUUCGAGUGGUCUUCGAUGCAUCCUGCAAAACGUCCACUGGGAUUUCUUUAAAUGAUGGAUUGCUUUGCGGACCCGUAAUUCAAGAUGAAUUACGUUCUAUAAUUCUGCGUUGUCGUACGAAACAGGUGAUGGUCGUUGCUGACAUCGAGAAGAUGUUCCGUCAGAUUCUAAUUGCGGAGGAAGAUCGAAUCAUGCAAUCGAUACUGUGGCGGAAUUCACCGACGGAUGAAGUUGGAGUGUACGAAUUGAGCACGGUUACGUACGGUACUAAACCUGCUCCAUUCUUGGCUACGAGGACACUUAAACAACUGGCUUUGGAUGAGCAGAACCGGUAUCCUCUUGCUGCCAAGGUUUUUCUUGAGGACACCUAUAUGGACGACGUGAUUGCUGGUGCGGAAGAUGCAGAAGCAGCAUUCCAGCUGAGGACUCAGCUAGAAAAUGCUGCAGCGUCAGGAGGAUUUCGAUUGAGAAAGUUUGCCUCUAAUUCCUCAAGGGUUUUAGAAGGACUAACUCAAGAAAAUGUAGCUUUGAAGGAUUUCUCGGAGGACUCUUCUUCAGAUCCAUCGAUGAAGAUUCUCGGGCUAACUUGGUUGCCGAAAUCAGAUAUCUUCCGAUACCAGUUCAGUAUUCCGGAGGGCUCAAGGAUUGAUACGUUAACAAAGCGAAAGGUUCUGGCAAUUAUCGCCACGCUCUUCGAUCCGCUCGGCUUAUUGGGAGCAGCGAUCACUACUGCAAAGGUGUUUAUGCAACAGCUUUGGUUGCUACAGGAUGAUAACAACAAACGUUUGGAUUGGGAUCAGCCGUUACCUCUAACGGUGGGUGAGUUUAUGGGAGAACUACCAUCAGCACGUGUGACGGUAUCACGCGCUUUCCAAAGAACGGGGGUGGAUUAUUUUGGACCCGUAUAUCUACGUACAGCACCACGGCGAAGUGCUGUAAAAGCUUAUGUGGCCGUGUUCGUUUGCAUGGUUACGAAGGCUGUUCAUUUGGAGCUGGUGACAGAUUUGUCAACAGAGAAAUUCAUUCAAGCGUUACGUAGAUUUGUCGGAAGGAGGGGUAAGUGUACAGAUUUGUACUCAGACAAUGGCACCAAUUUUGUCGGAGCCAGGAAUCAGUUGAAUGAAUUGUUCAGUCUUCUCAAAAGUCCGAAACACAGAGAAGAUUUAACGCGAGAAUGUAGUAAUGUUGGUAUUUCAUGGCAUUUCAACCCCCCUAGUGCCCCUCAUUUUGGCGGAUUAUGGGAGGCAGCCGUUCGUUCGGCGAAACAACACAUUUUGAAGGUUGUUGGGGAACACCCAGUAACCGUUGAAGAUUACACCACAUUACUGGUACAGGUCGAAGCCUGUUUAAAUUCGAGACCUCUUACCUCGCUAUCGGAUAACCCAGAGGAUUUAGAACCAUUGACUCCAGGCCAUUUUCUGAUUGGUGAGUCGCUACAAUCUCUUCCCGAUUCUGUGGACGAGAAUAUUCCAGAUAACCGGUUGAAGCAAUUCCAGCUUAUGCAGAAAAGGCUGCGCCUCAUUUGGAAUCGUUGGCGUCGCGAAUAUUUAGCCCAACUACAAGCCCGCACGAAGCGUUGGAAACCUGCAGUUUCAAUCAAGGAAAAUAGUCUGGUUAUAAUAAAGGAUGACAGAGUUUCACCAUGUCGCUGGAAAAUGGGCCGAAUAGUUGAACUUCAUCCAGGGGAUGAUGGAGUUGUUCGUGUCGUAACAUUGAGAACAGAUUCGGGUUUGAAAAUUCGCCCUGUAGAGAAACUUUGUCUAUUACCAUGUUCUUAUAACGAAGAUUAA